GUGAGAGAGAGAGAGAGAGAGAGAGAGAGAGAAAGUGCAGCAGAUCAGCACAAAAGUAGAGAGCUAAAGAACAAAGAAACCCAAAAGAUACCCAAUAAAGUGCCAAGGAAAAGGAAAGGCUUUAGUUGAAUCAAUUUUUGUUUAGGAUAAAAAGGGUUCUUCUUCACCGUUCUUCUCUCCCUCAAAGCCUGUGGCAGAAAACCUACCCACCCUCCCAAUUGAAAGAGACUCUAAUAUCUGUAUUAGAUUGGAGAUAGCUAGAGAGAACUAGUCCAACUUCUUUCUUUCUCUGUUACUUUGGCUUUUCUUUUCUUCUUUUUCUUUCUUCUUUUUUUUUUUUUUCCUGUUUUUAUACCAUCUUCCACUAACACAAGAGAUAGAGUAUAGAGCACUGAAAAGUCCAUCCAUUCAAUUCCCAUUUAACAACAUAUCAAAGCAAGAACAAGCUCUGUCUCUUACAUUCUUCUUUUUUGGCCUUGUUCGUAUUCCUUUUUUCACUCUUCUUCUCUCUUUACAAAAGUAUAAACCCAGUUUCCGUAUCCUUUUUUUUUGUUUUGCUUCCAAUUCUCGUUUUCUUUUUAUCUUUACAUCAAGAAAGCAAGUCGUCACAUCAUCACCAUGAAAACUCCCUCAAAGAAAUAGAAGUUCAAUCUAAUAUUUUGUCCAGAAAGAACAUGUGUGGAUUGAAAGAAGAAGAUCAAGGCGAGUGUUCUCAGACUAUUCAUAACUUACAAGGCUACCAAGAACAGCUACUUCUUCAACAAAUGCAACACCAACACCAACAGCAAACUAGUGACAUGUAUGGUGGAGCUAGAGGAGGAUCGUCAGGGUUGAUUUUCCCUGAAGUUUCACCAAUCCUACCGUGGCCUCUCCCUCCAGUCCACUCUUUCAACCCGGCCAUGACCCAAUUCCCUUCCAACCCGGUACAUCAUCACCAUCAUCAUCGUGAUCACCACGACCCAUUUCUUAUCCCUCCUCCAGUGCCAUCAUCAUAUGGUAAUCUAUUCAACAGAAGAGCUCCUGCUCUGCAAUUUGCAUAUGAUGGUUCAUCAAGUCAUGAUCAUCUUAGAAUCAUAACCGACACUCUUGGACCGGUUGUUCAGCCCGGUUCAGCUCCUUUUGGCUUGCAAGCUGAGUUAGGGAAGAUGACCGCCCAAGAAAUCAUGGAUGCUAAGGCGCUUGCUGCUUCAAAGAGUCACAGUGAGGCUGAGAGGAGAAGAAGAGAGAGAAUCAAUAACCAUCUUGCGAAGCUACGCAGCUUACUACCUAGCACCACCAAAACGGACAAAGCUUCUUUACUAGCGGAGGUGAUCCAACAUGUUAAAGAACUUAAACGCCAAACUUCUUUGAUAGCCGAAACAAGUCCAGUACCGACUGAAAUCGAUGAGCUAACAGUGGAUGCAUCAGACGAAGAUGGUAAAUUCAUAAUAAAAGCUUCACUUUGCUGUGAAGAUAGGUCUGAUCUUUUGCCUGACCUAAUAAAAACCUUGAAAGCACUGAGGUUAAGAACACUAAAAGCUGAGAUAACAACACUUGGUGGUCGUGUAAAGAAUGUUUUAUUCAUAACUGGAGAAGAAGACUCCUCAAGUAAUAGCAAUGAAGAAGAUCAACAACAGCAACCACAGUAUUCUAUAAGUUCAAUUCAAGAAGCAUUGAAAGCAGUCAUGGAGAAGAGUGGCGGUGAUGAAUCUUCCUCAGGGAGUGUUAAAAGACAAAGAACCAAUAUCAAUGUCCUUGAUCAACAACAGCAGCAGCAGCAGCAGCACAGGUCUCUAUAAUUUUACUAAAGAGUUCCUUAUUAUGUUUUCUUUUCUUUAUUUUUCUUGGCAUUCUUCUUCUUCUUCUUCUUCUUCUUCUUUUUACUUUGCUUGUGGGGUGUCUUCUUUUUCGUGUGUUUUGGUGUAAUUGUUUCUUGGUCAGGUAAUGAUGGUGUGUUUUGUGUACUUGCAUAUCACUCCAAAAUAUAUACAAAUAUAUAUAGGAAGUGUAGAGAGAGUGAGAGAACAUAUAUAUGGAUUGUGCGGUUGGUAUUA